UGUGGCGUGCCAUCGUUAUCGCUAUUAGCUUAUUACAGGGUUGCAUUGCCGCACAGUCAACGAUGGAAGUGGACUGGCAACUCUGUCGCCGUAACAUAAGAGUUCAUUUUGGAUUGUAAAAAAAGUGCAAAAAACCGAAAUUUACGCAUUAUUCAUUAGAGCAUAGUGUAAUUAAAAAGCGCCUCAGCAAAUAGUCCACAUCCUUCCACACUCACACACACACACACAUCCACAACACACACGCAGCUGAGGAGAUGUCGCUCAAGCCAAAAAUAGUGGAAUUUGUUGAUGUCUGGCCGCGCUUGCGUUGCGUCGCCGAGGACGUGAUAACAUUGAGUAAAGUUGAACGCGCCGUUUGGAACACUAGCUUCAGCGACGUUUAUACGCUAUGCGUGGCGCAGCCGGAACCGAUGGCAGAUCAACUGUAUAACGAGACAAAGCACUUCCUUGAAUCGCACGUACAGGAGAUGCUGGCCAAGAAGGUGCUGGCGGAGCACGAUGCGACCAAUGCGAACAACACGAGCAGCAGGCCCGAUUUGCUGCAACGAUACUAUACCACCUGGGUGGAGUACAGCCAGGGCAUUAAAUAUCUACACCAGCUCUAUAUCUAUCUAAACCAGCAGCACAUCAAGAAGCAAAAGAUCACCGAUACGGAAUCAUUUUAUGGCAAUCUGUCCAGCGAUGCAGCCGAUCAAAUGGAAAUCGGUGAACUUGGCCUGGACAUUUGGCGCCUCUAUAUGGUUGAGUAUUUGGCCCAGGAGCUGGUGCGUCACAUACUGGAGGGCAUUGCGGCGGAUCGGGACAGCAAUGGGACAUUGGAUUCGCAUCGCGUAAAGGUCAUCAAUGGCGUCAUACACAGCUUUGUGGAGGUGCAGGAUUAUAAGAAGACUGGCUCUCUGAAACUCUAUCAGGAGCUCUUCGAACAGCCCAUGCUGGAGGCGAGCGGCACUUACUACACGAACGAGGCGAACAAGCUGCUGCAACGCUGCAGCGUCUCCCAAUACAUGCAGGAGGUCAUUAAGAUCCUGGAGUUCGAGAGCAAGCGGGCGCAAAAAUUCUUACACGUCAGCUCGUUGCCCAAGUUGCGUAAAAUGUGCGAAUGGAAGUUUAUCAACGAUCGAUUGGGUUUCAUCUACUCGGAGUGCCGCGAUAUGGUAUCGGAUGAGCGGCGGCAGGAUCUGCGCAACAUGUAUAUCGUGCUGAAGCCCAUACCUGAUAACCUAAAGGCGGAACUGAUACAAACAUUUCUCGAGCACAUCAAAAACGAGGGCCUGGAAACGGUGUAUGCGCUCAAAGGCGAGAACAUCCACAUUGCGUUCGUCGAGAAUAUGCUGAAGGUGCACCACAAGUAUCAGGAGCUAAUCGCCGAUGUUUUUGAGAACGAUUCGCUAUUUCUGAGUGCGCUGGACAAGGCCUGCGCCAGUGUCAUUAAUCGACGACCCAGCGAACGGCAGCCAUGUCGCAGCGCUGAAUAUGUGGCCAAAUACUGUGAUACACUGUUGAAAAAAUCGAAGACCUGCGAAGCGGAAAUCGAUCAGAAACUCACCAACAACAUAACCAUAUUCAAAUACAUCGAGGACAAGGAUGUCUAUCAAAAGUUCUACAGCAGACUGCUAGCCAAGCGACUCAUCCACGAACAGAGCCAGAGCAUGGACGCCGAGGAGGGCAUGAUCAAUCGCUUGAAGCAAGCUUGCGGCUAUGAGUUCACCAAUAAACUGCAUCGCAUGUUCACGGAUAUUUCUGUAUCCACAGAUCUAAAUAACAAGUUCAACAAUCACUUAAAGGACAACGACAUUGAUCUGGGCAUCAAUCUGUCAAUUAAAGUGCUGCAGGCGGGCGCUUGGCCCUUGGGCUCCACACAGGUUAUACCCUUUGCAGUGCCCCAGGAAUUUGAAAAGUCCAUCAAAAUGUUUGAGGAUUAUUAUCACAAUUUGUUCAGCGGCCGUAAAUUGACAUGGCUGCAUCAUAUGUGCCAUGGCGAACUGAAGCUGAGUCACCUGAAGAAAUCGUAUAUUGUGACAAUGCAGACGUACCAAAUGGCGAUCAUCUUGUUAUUCGAGACCUGCGACACGUUGAGUUGUCGUGAGAUACAAAACACGCUGCAAUUGAACGAUGAAACGUAUCAGAAGCACAUGCAGCCCAUGAUUGAGUCCAAACUGCUGAAUGCCAGCUCAGAGAAUCUCUCCGGUGAUACGCGUAUCGAACUGAAUAUGGAUUACACAAAUAAGCGUACGAAAUUCAAGAUUAGUUCGGCGUUACAAAAGGAAACGCCACAGGAGGUAGAGCACACGAUCAAUUCGGUAGAUGAGGAUCGUAAACUGUUUCUGCAAGCGGCCAUUGUACGUAUUAUGAAGGCGCGCAAGGUGUUAAAGCACAAUGCGUUAAUACAGGAGGUUCUAUCCUUAUCGAAAGUCAGUUUUACGCCGAACAUAGCAAUGAUCAAGAAGUGCGUGGAAUCGUUAAUUGACAAACAAUAUAUUGAGCGUACUGCCAACUCUGGUGACGAAUAUAGUUAUAUGGCUUAGACUGCGAACGGGCCAAGAACAGCUCGUAGAGAUUAUGAGAAGAGAAAGACAAGAAAUUCUUCACAAAUUGAAUGAACUCACAGUGCAAACAACCACACACAUUAUAAUUGUCACGUAUAUAUAUAUUUUGUUAAAUUUUUCAAAUUCAUGACUCGCAAUACAACAAGAAGAAGAACAACAAGAAAUGGAAAGCUCUAAACUAGAAUAACUGUCAGAUAAACAAUAACUAAAACUUUACACAUACAGUGAAUUUUGUUGUUUUUGUUUUACGUACUUUAAAUAAUGCAAUCUAAUUUUGUUUGUUUUGUAAUCCCAUUUAAUCCUACUGCAAAAGUCGAACAAAAUGUUCGCAUUACUGAUUCGUUUACUAAGUUUAUUUAGUUUAUUUUUGUGGAGCGUGUGUUUUGUAAUACUGUAAUUCCUCUUUAUAAAUUGUAUAUUUAUCUGGUUCACACAAACAAACAAACACACACACACUCAACACACGCACAAGUCCAAAUUGUGAAAGAAUGUGUAAUAAAAUCAAAAAUGCAACAAGUAAAACCAAUAAAUUUCCAAUCAUACGAUUUUGAAUUAAA